AUGCAUCACCAAGUUAUGCCGCCGCUUGACGCAUUCCCAAGUGCUGUACACGGACGAGAAUGGGAAGGUUAUCUCGCGGUCACCGUUGUGAUGCCUUCGUUGAUCUGCCACCAAGCCUUCAACAAGAAGUAUCUUGGGCCUCCCGGCAACCAACCCGUCGUUCCCUUGCACCAGCUUCCGUACAAGGACGAUGACGACGAGCUUAAACCCAUCACGAUCCAGGCAUUCAACAUGCAUACCAUCGCCCUUCUUGCUCAGCAUCAGUGCUGGGUCCAAGCUGUUGUGACAACAGGCGAUGAAACUGUCGAACCCCCGGAUGCUGGCUUGAUGGCCAUGGUCAAGGGACAGAUCGACACCUUCAACGCCAACAACAAGAAGGAGGAGAAGGAGGAGCGUUGGGUGCAGGGCCCUUUGAUUCCUUGUCCAAAGCUUAAAGAGGGCCAAACACUAAAGAUUACCAUCAGAGGUCCAGGCGAUACUGAAGACACGGUUCUUUAUGUCAAGGCAGUGGCCAAGAAGAAGGAUGACGGCGCCGAGAAGGAUGACGGCGUCGGCAGCAAGAAGGAUGAGACUGAAGAAGCCUCGAGCUCUGAUUCUGGUGAGGAUAUCGAUUCAGACUGCAGUUAUGGUGAACAGGAGGAAGAGGAAGAGGUGGAUGAUAGCUACAAGUUCUGCAGUAUUUAG